CUGUUCUCCACUGGGAAGAUCAGCGGGACCAAAGUAGCGAAGCUCAAAGCCAGUUUCAGCCUGCUCCACGACACCUUGAAAAGGUAAGUGAUCUCAUCUCUCCCUGUCCAUAGACGCUCCUUACAUGUUUACAUGGAUAACAGAAAACACACUGUAUGAGGCUGGACUGGACCUGUGCCAUAGUAUUGACCCAUCAGUACCUGUUUAAAAUGACCCAUCAGUACCUGUAUACACUUAGUAUACAAAACAUUAUGAACAUGAUAUUGUUUCCAUGACAUAGACUGACCAGGUGAAAGCUAUGAUCCCUUAUUGAUGUCACUUGUUAAAUCCACUUCAAUCAGUGUAGAUGAAGGGGAGGAGACAGGUUAAAGAAGGAUUUUUAAGCCUUGAGACAAUUGAGACAUGGAUUGUGUAUGUUUCAUUCAGAGGGUGAAUGGGCAAGACAAAAUAAGUAGUCUUUGAACAGGGUAUGGUAGUAGGUGCCAGGCACACCGGUUUGUGUCUAAAACUGCAACGCUGCUGGGUUUUUCACACUCAACAGUUUCCAGUGUGUAUCAAGAAUGGUCCACCACCCAAAGGGCAUCCAGCCAACUUGACACAACUGUGGGAAGCAUUGGAGUCAACAUGAGCCAGCAUCCCUGUGGAACGUUUUCGACACCUUACAGAGUCCAUGCCCCGACGAAUUGAGGCUGUUCUGAGGGCAAGAGGGGAUGCAACUCAAUAUUAGGAAGGUGUUCUUAAUGUUUUGUAGACUCAGUGUAUAACUACCCUCGGACGCCCAGCUAAGGUGAAAGUCUGUGACAGAGUCUACUACCUACCAACACCUGUAUCUGUGUACCACUAGCACCUCUGUGUGAUCCCUCCUACCUGAGGGUGUUGAGCUGAGCCAGCUGACCACAUCUCUGCCCUGUAAUAUGACCCAUCAGUACCUGUGUGUGUGACCCGCUAGUGACUAGUACUUGUGUCUGUCUGUGACCCCCAUCUCCCCACCCCAGCUCCCAGCAGUCAGAGAUCCGGCUGCUGCAGGAGGCCAAGCGGUUCCGAGCAGAGCUGGAGCACCAGCAGAGAGAGCUGGAGAAGGCUGAGCAGUUCCCUGAGGGGCCGGACACAGAGGUCAGCCGCAUGAGACAGCAGCUCCUCAAGUUCCACAACGACCUGCAAGAGGCAGAGGAGAGGGACUACCAGAUGAACUACCAGCUAGAGUGGUGAGGGGACGAGUUGAUUUAGAUUACAGCUAACACACACACACACUGACUAGAGCCUAGUGUAGAGAGAGAGAGAGUGUGUGUGUGCGUGUGUGUGUGUGUGUGUGUGUGUGUCUUUCUGUCUGUCUGAGGUUAAGGGUAUGGCCCAGCUCCUGAGCCACUUGUUUAGUCCUGUCAGUCCUGGAAGUGGUAUGGGCGGCAGGUAGCCUAGCGGUAAGAGCGUUGGCCCAGUAACCGAAAGGUUGCUAGUUUGAAUCCCCGAGCCAACAAGGUGAAAAAUAUAUCAAUGUACCCUUGAGCAAGGCACUUAACCCUAAUUGCUCCAGGGUAGCCAUUGAUCAUGGCUGACCCUGGCAGUGACCCCAAUAUCCGAGGGUUUCUCAGGGGGAGUUGGGAUAUGAAAAAAAGUAAUAUAUAUUUCCAUUUUACACGUGUAUAAUACACACUUGGACCUGUGUGAAACAGGACAAAUAUGAGCACCCACUAGCCUCCUCCACUUGUUCUCAACAACACUCCUGUCCUUGUGUCCGAAAGGCCAAGCACGCCCCAAAACACAGCAUGGAAAAGAACACAGCUGUCUGCUCUCUGCACAACAAAUACACACACACAGUUAAACUGAAAGGCCACAGAGAGGCCAUUGGAAUAUUGCUUAGCAACUGAUGAAACAAGCUUGUGAAAAAAACAAAGAAAGAGGACAUUAAAGGAAAGGUCUCUUCAUCAGUCAUUUAAUCAGCAAGGACUAUGAUAUGGCUAUGGUUACGUCCCAAAUGGCACCCUAUUCCCUAUAUAAUACACUACAUUUGACAAGGGACCAUAGGGCUCUGGUCAAAAGUAGUGCACUACAUAGGGAAUAGGGUGCCAUUCGGGACGGACACUAUGAUUCACCAGGGUAGUAGCCUAGAACACAUUGUUCCUGAAGAUAUGUCCUUUAUAUCUGUGGGUAGAUGAUAUUCACAUUGUUCCUGAAGAUAUUUCCAUUAUAGCUGUGGGGUAGAUGAUAUUCACAUUGUUCCUGAAGAUAUUUCCAUUAUAGCUGUGGGGUAGAUGAUAUUCACAUUGUUCCUGAAGAUAUUUCCAUUAUAGCUGUGGGGUAGAUGAUAUUCACAUCGUUCCUGAAGAUAUUUCCAUUAUAGCUGUGGGGUAGAUGAUAUUUACAUCGUUCCUGAAGAUAUUUCCAUUAUAGCUGUGGGGUAGAUGAUAUUCACAUCGUUCCUGAAGAUAUUUCCAUUAUAGCUGUGGGGUAGAUGAUAUUCACAUUGUUCCUGAAGAUAUUUCCAUUAUAGCUGGGGGGUAGAUGAUAUUCACAUCGUUCCUGAAGAUAUUUCCAUUAUAGCUGUGGGGUAGAUGAUAUUCACAUCGUUCCUGAAGAUAUUUCCAUUAUAGCUGUGGGGUAGAUGAUAUUCACAUUGUUCCUGAAGAUAUUUCCAUUAUAGCUGGGGGGUAGAUGAUAUUCACAUUGUUCCUGAAGAUAUUUCCAUUAUAGCUGUGGGGUAGAUGAUAUUCACAUUGUUCCUGAAGAUAUUUCCAUUAUAGCUGUGGGGUAGAUGAUAUUCACAUUGUUCCUGAAGAUAUUUCCAUUAUAGCUGUGGGGUAGAUGAUAUUCACAUUGUUCCUGAAGAUAUUUCCAUUAUAGCUGUGGGGUAGAUGAUAUUCACAUUGUUCCUGAAGAUAUUUCCAUUAUAGCUGUGGGGUAGAUGAUGUACCUAUUGUUAAAGCCUACAACAGUAAUUGAAAUAUUAGGCUAAAUAAAAAGCAUUGCUUACAUUGCAUUCUGACUAGAUGUUGUAAUGAACUAUUCUGUCUCUUGUUGUAUAUGAUCCUGUGAAUGUGUAUAGAUGUGACUGUCAGUUUGGCAGCCUCCUCUCUUCCUCUGGUGAACUACCCUCCAUACGACGGACAGAUGCUCACCGCAAAGAUGUCUUUAGAUGUGCAAUGUUAAGCCCUUGAUCACAAGCCAGACAGAUAGACAGGAAUUCAACUGUCAGUCGUUUUAGCUUCAAAUGCAGUAUUUACAGAUGACAGGAAGCAACACAAGUGCUGUGAAAGUAGCCUAGAGGCCUGCUUAUCCACCCAGCAAUUUCUCACUGAGGAUUGUUUGUACGUGUCAGGAAUUUAAUAUCUACCACUGGACUUUGUAAAUAUCAGAACCCUGUCAACAGUUGAACUCAGUUGAACAUUUCACAUAGUAGCAACUACUGACAAAUGUGUUUUACUCAGAUGUUGCCAAGAAACUAUUUUCUGAAAGCAAUAAAUAUUUUCAGUAUGGCUACAUGUAUAAAUUUCCCUGCCUCUUUUUAUCAACUGGGUUAGAACCCUGAUCAUCUGGACUCCAAGACUGUGUUAGGGGGUUGAGCUAAUGCCUAGGCAAGGUUACUUGAGGUUAUUACACAACCACUUGUUACCUAAGCUUGUCUUCAACUUUUGUCACUUUUGCAUCUUCUCUGUAAAGUAUUUCUGAGAACUUGUGUUCAAGUUCCUUCCUCUUGUUCCUUCCUGUAAAUCAGGGGUGUCAAACUCGUUUCAUGGAGGGCCUAGUGUCUGCUGGUUUUUGGUUUCUCCUUUCAGUUAAGACCUAGACAACCAGGUGAGGGGAGUUCCUUACUAAUUAGGGACCUUAAUUCAUCACUCAAGUACAAGGGAGGAGCGAACACCCACAGACACUCAGUCCUCUGUGGAACGAGUCUGACACGUGGUCUAAAUGAUGCCGCCUCUGUUUACAGUCUUACAGAAGAGAAGCUUCGCCUGGUGAAAGAGUAUGAGACUCAACCCAAACCAGUUGUAAGUAUCUCAGUGCAACAGUCACAGAUGUAUUUCCCACUGAUAGUCAUUCACAUGAUCUGUCCCAUCAUAAAGCUGGCACCACAGCAUGACAUCCCUUGAUGUCACGUACAGUAGUAAAUCACUCAUUUAGAAGCAGAGAAAUGACACGUACAAAGUGAGAGUGCAGAAAAAUAGACGGUAUCUUUGCUGAGAGGCAUCCUUGUCAAAAUGCUUGAUUGACGAGGCCUGCUUCUUGACAGUUCAGUCUCCUCAUUGUCAUUGGGUUGUGGUGUCAUACAUGCGUAUGUAGGUGUCUAACACUAAGAGAGGUCAGAUCAUUGCUCUAAUGUGAUAUUUUACAUUACUCCUUUAAUUAAUGUUUUACUACAGUUGGUUUGGUUACAGUUAAAUAGCAAUGACUUUGUAACACCCAACAAAACAACGAUAUAAUCACAUUGUUACGUAUAAUCAAAUUCCCAAGAAUGUCACGACCCAGCUUUUAGCUUUGAUAUCCGCUUCAAAUAGCUGGCACGGUACGGGGGUAUGUCCCAUAACCCAUUGCUCCUGGUGUGUCCUCAGGAGCUGGAGAAGCGUGCGAAGGCCCUGAAGGACAGCAGUGAGGACCUGAGGAAGGAGGCAGCUCAGAGGAGACAGGAGAUACACAGCCUGCUGGAGGACAUGGAGGCCAGGCACAAACUGAUGACCAGGGAGCAGAGAGAACUGGAGGACAAGAAGGACAUCACAGUAAACAACCAGGUGACAGGACUGAGGGUGGAGGGGGCACAAGGGGUGGUAGAGGGGUGGCAGAGGGGUGGCAGAGGGGUGGAAGAGGGGUGGCAGAGGGGUGGUAGAGGGGUGGUAGAGGGGUGGAAGAGGGGUGGCAGAGGGGUGGUAGAGGGGUGGCAGAGGGGUGGUAGAGGGGUGGUAGAGGGGUGGCAGAGGGGUGGUAGAGCGGUGGAAGAGGGGUGAUAGAGGGGUGGUAGAGGGGUGGAAGAGGGGUGGUAGAGGGGUGGUAGAGGGUCAGUCUUGUGUUUAAAAUACCAUAGAGAAGGGCAUUAUAUAAAAAACAUUGAGGUAGAAGGGCUCAUUGGUUUUUCUAUAAUGUCCUUCUCUAUGGUGUGUUGUCUUGUGUCGCCAGGCUGAGUUGGCCCAGCUUCUGUCUGUGCCUGGCCAACUGGGGAAGGAGAUUGAGAGGAUCAACAGGAAAAAGAUGUACGUAAGAUGUGGGUGGCUAUGAAUUCAUGUACUGGUAAUGUGCUAUACCUACCCUUCAUAACUAACUCUGUAGCUACUACUAAAGAAGGAAUUAUGGCCUUGCUCAUGAGUCAUGGGAGGGAGACUCCCAACAUAAAUCUUGAUCCAGUCCACAGUUUUUUGGGGCACCUACCAAGAGUAAACGCCUAACCCUACAGACCAAUGUCUCUAUGUCAAAACUGGCUGGAAUGACAUCUUUGCAAGCUGUUUUGCUCGCUGGGUUAACCCUACAGUCUACCAGCCUGGUGUAAUGUAUGUCUUCCUCUGUGGUGGCCAGGGAGGUGGAGAAAAGUAAGGCGGCCCUGGACGAGCAGCUGUCUGAGAUGGCGGCUCUGCAGAAGGUGACGGAGGCCCGCUGCCGCUCCCUGGAGGAGGAGAAGAGGGAGGUGGGGAGGCAGGUGGAGGGGCGCAGGGCACACCUGGAGGCUGCCGAGAGGGAGUACGGCAUGCUGCAGAAAGAACAGGAGAUGGCCAAGGAGAAGGAGGUCAUUAUGAUGGGACAGAGGUACAGGACUGGCUACAGACAAUGUCCAUUUAUUUAUAGCAGCGUCUAUAUGCAGCGAUAGUGCAUACAUAACACUGUUGCUACAUAGUUGCUGCCUUCGGAACUUUUGUUAUUCCGUGAGUUAAAUCCCUGUAUAUUGAUGUUCCCCCCAUCUUGUUUUCAAGGGGAUCCCAACAGAAUAAACCACAAUGCAUGAAAAAAAAAUUGGAGCCACAUGCACAGAACGGACAGAGCUUGAUGUGUCCCACAAGAGCAAUAACAUUAUCUAAUUAUCCCCCAUUCAUUUUGACAUGGUUUUCAAUCAUUCUAAUCUGGAUGCAUUGGCUUGUAUUGUCCCCUAUUAGUCCAAACGCUGUCUCUCUUUAGAACCACCACAACUGCUGUGAAACCCCCACUGGGAUCUGUCCUGCAGUGCCUUUACUGUUUCUCCCCUCUGGCCAUAGCACAAGGACGGCACAAAAACCCAUUUCACUGUAACUAGACUGAGAUGGGAACCACAUGCAGCAGCUCUAUUGUUACUGGUUCUAUGUAGUCUCUGGCAGAUUUAAGGGGACAGUGCUGUGGGGAACAAUGAUAAUGGGGUUUUCCUAUGAGUUCUCUCUCUCUCUCUCUCUCUCUCUCUCUCUCUCUCUCUCUCUCUCUCUCUCUCUCUCCUCUCUCUCUCUCUCUCUCUCUCUCUCUCUCUCUCUCUCUCCUCUCUCUCUGUCUCUCUCUCUCUCUCUCUCUCUCUCUCUCUCUCUCUCUGUAUGUCUCUCUCUUUCUCCCUCUCUAUCUCUCUAUUUGUCAGAGGAAUGCUGGACGUCAAUACAGGCCACUGCAUCAUGGAAAGGAAGAGCGUGCAGGAGAACCUGGCACGGAAGCAGCGUGAGAGGGACCGGCAGCUCAGAGAGCUGAAGAAGGUGGAGCUGCAGCUCAAAAUGGCCCAGGACGCGCUGGUCCACACCCAGCUACUGCAUGACAAGACCAAGUCUACGGUUAGUUCACAGUUCACACACUCAGCUCAAACAGGCCCACAGUGUUCUGGUCCACACUCAGCUACUGCAUGACAAGACCAAGUCUACGGUUAGUUCACAGUUCACACACUCAGCUCAAACAGGCCCACAGUGUUCUGGUCUACACUCAGCUACUGCAUGACAAGACCAAGUCUACGGUUAGUUCACAGUUCACACACUCAGCUCAAACAGGCCCACAGUGUUCUGGUCCACACUCAGCUACUGCAUGACAAGACCAAGUCUACGGUUAGUUCACAGUUCACACACUCAGCUCAAACAGGCCCACAGUGUUCUGGUCCACACUCAGCUACUGCAUGACAAGACCAAGUCUACGGUUAGUUCACAGUUCACACACUCAGCUCAAACAGGCCCACAGUGUUCUGGUCCACACUCAGCUACUGCAUGACAAGACCAAGUCUACGGUUAGUUCACAGUUCACACACUCAGCUCAAACAGGCCCACAGUGUUCUGGUCUGUAAAGAUAGAGGAUACUAUGUAAAGAUAGAGAAUACUAUGUAAAGAUAGAGGAUACUAUGUAAUGAUAGAGUAUACUAUGUAAUGAUAGAGGAUACUAUGUAAUGAUAGAGAUACUAUGUAAUGAUAGAGGAUACUAUGUAAUGAUAGAGGAUACAUUAAUGUGAUAAUGAUAGAGGAUACUAUGUAAUGAUAGAGGAUACUAUGUAAUGAUAGAGGAUACUAUGUAAUGAUAGAGGAUACUAUGUAAUGAUAGAGGAUACUAUGUAAUGAUAGAGGAUACUAUGUAAUGAUAGAGGAUACUAUGUAAUGAUAGAGGAUACUAGUAAUGAUAGAGGAUACUAUGUAAUGAUAGAGGAUACUAUGUAAUGAUAGAGGAUACUAUGUAAUGAUAGAGGAUACUAUGUAAUGAUAGAGAAUACUAUGUAAUGAUAGAGGAUACUAUGUAAUGAUAGAGGAUACUAUGUAAUGAUAGAGGAUACUAUGUAAUGAUAGAGGAUACUAUGUAAUGAUAGAGGAUACUAUGUAAAGAUAGAGGAUACUAUGUAAUGAUAGAGGAUACUAUGUAAUGAUAGAGGAUACUAUGUAAUGAUAGAGGAUACUAUGUAAUGAUAGAGGAUACUAUGUAAUGAUAGAGGAUACUGUGCAAUGAUAGAGGAUACUAUGUAAAGAUAGAGGAUACUAUGUAAUGAUAGAGGAUACUAUGUAAUGAUAGAGGAUACUAUGUAAUGAUAGAGGAUACUAUGUAAUGAUAGAGGAUACUAUGUAAUGAUAGAGGAUACUGUGCAAUGAUAGAGGAUACUAUGUAAAGAUAGAGGAUGCUAUGUAAUGAUAGAGGAUACUAUGUAAUGAUAGAGGAUACUAUGUAAUGAUAGAGGAUACUAUGUAAUGAUAGAGGAUACUAUGUAAAGAUAGAGGAUACUAUGUAAUGAUAGAGGAUACUAUGUAAUGAUAGAGGAUACUAUGUAAUGAUAGAGGAUACUAUGUAAUGAUAGAGAAUACUAUGUAAUGAUAGAGGAUACUAUCUAAAGAUAUCUCUCUCUCACUUUAAAAUGUCUUAUUUUAUAGAUUUUAUUUGGUUGACGUUUCAUCCCCCAAUAGCCUCUGUGCUUCCUUGAUGAUGUGUCCAGAGAUCAAAGUGGUAGUGACACACAUCACUCACAGGUUUACAAAUGUCCACAUGGGACAUGAGUGACGAACAGAGAGAGGAACUGGAAAAGUGUCAGCAGAUUUUACACCAUAAAACAUGAAAGACAUUGGUGUAGUGACGCAUUUGGAACUGCCCCUAUUAAUUACAGAAACCUUACACAAUUGUCACGAACUCUGAUGCGGAUGUGGUGCGAAUCAAUAGCAGGACACAGGAGCUCAGUAUAUCCAGACUUUACUAGAAAAUCCAAAAAUCAUAACACGGGUCAAACAACCCGGAGGCGAAACUUACGCCACAGUGCGUAAAAUACUCCCAAACCGAACUGCGCACGAACAAUAGUGCGACGGUAAAACAAAGAGAGUCUAGCAAACAGCACUGCACCAAACGACAGGAAAACAAUUACACACAACACAUGACAAACAAAUGGAACAAUAUAUAGGGUACAUAAUCACACUAACAGGGAACAGGUGCACAACAACUAGACAAAACCAAACGAACAUCGAACACAUCCAACGGUGGCAGCUAGUACUCCGGAGACGACGACCGCCGAAGCCUGCCCGAGCAAGGAGGAGGAGCAGCCUCGGCCGAAACCGUGACAACAAUAUAGUGUUCCCCCCAGUUUUAUGAAUUCAAUCCAAUUAUUUAUUUGUCAUUAUUUAUUUCCUUAGUUUAAUUAUGAUCUCAGUACGUUUCGCCUUCUGCCAUGGUUGUAUAAAACAGUACGCAACGGAGAGAAAGGGUGCGUCCCAAAUGGUACCCUAUUCCUUACAAUAGGGCACUACUGUAAAAGUCGUGCACACUCUUAGAAAAAAGGGGUUCCAAAAGGGUUCUUCUGCUGUCCCCAUAGGAGAACCCUUUUUAGUUCCAGGUAGAACCCUUUUGGGUUCCAUGUAGAACCCUUUGUGGAAAGGGUUCUACAUGUAACCCAAAAGGGUUCUACCUGGAACCAAAACUGGUUCUUCAAAGGGUUCUCCUAUGGGGACAGCCGAAGAACCCUUUUAUGUUCUAGAUGGCACCUUUUAUGUUUAGAGACAUGAAUACUAAGAGAUCUGAGGGGGGUUUGUUGUUCUUACAGAGGGAUGCCAAACCCAAAAGUGACAGGAUUCUAAAGACAAGACAGGAGUUACAGUUAGAAGUGGACAAGCUGAAGAGAAACCUGAUUCAUCAGGUAAAUAGCAUAUGUUUGAAAUCGUGUGUUUGUGUGUGUUUUUGAUUUGUGUAAGGCAUAAAUAUGUGCAUGUGUGUGUGUGUGUGUGUGUGUGUGUAGCAACCAGUAGCUGAGGUGGAGACCCAGCUGGUGAAACAGUGUGUGGAACAGGAGCAGGAGCUGAUGAGAGAGUCUCACAGACACAGAGAGGAGCUCCACACCCUCAGCUGUCUGACUCAGAUCAAAGCUGAUGAGAGAGAGCAGAAGUCCAGGGAGCGCCACAGGGCUGAGGUAAAACACAUUAUAUCAGAUCGCUAUAGAACAUCUCACCAGAAGUCCAGGGAGCGCCACAGGGCUGAGGUAAAACACAUUAUAUCAGAUCGCUAUAGAACAUCUCACCAGAAGUCCAGGGAGCGCCACAGGGCUGAGGUAAAACACAUUAUAUCAGAUCGCUAUAGAACAUCUCACCAGAAGUCCAGGGAGCGCCACAGGGCUGAGGUAAAACACAUUAUAUCAGAUCGCUAUAGAACAUCUCACCAGAAGUCCAGGGAGCGCCACAGGGCUGAGGUAAAACACAUUAUAUCAGAUCGCUAUAGAACAUCUCACCCAGAAGUCCAGGGAGCGCCACAUGGGCUGAGGUAAAACACAUUACUAUCAGAUCGCUUAUAGAACAUCUCACCAGAAGUCCAGGGAGCGCCACAGGGCUGA